CCAAACUUUUUCACUGACUUAAUUUCUUUUCCUUCAAAGUUCUCUCUUGCUAUCCCUCCAUAAUCAAUUCUGAAUUUUAUUAUUAAAUAGGAAAAUAUAUAUAUAAUGAGCAAGAUCUUUGUGGUGUUGUGUCUGGUCUUAGCUACUACUUCUGGGUUUGUCCAUGGAUCUUUCAAGAAGAAGGAUCAUAUUAGGCUAUUUGAGCUCAAGAAGGGUGAUUUUUCUAUAAAGGUCACCAACUGGGGUGCAACACUUGUGUCCCUAAUACUUCCUGAUAAGAAUGGAGAGUUGGGUGAUAUUGUUCUUGGAUAUGAUUCUCCCAAGGCAUACACUAAUGAUUCAUCAUACUUUGGAGCUACUAUCGGCCGGGUUGCUAACAGAAUUGGAGGAGCUCAGUUCACUCUAAAUGGAGUUCAUUACAAAUUAAUUGCUAAUGAAGGAAACAACACACUUCAUGGUGGACCAAAAGGAUUCAGUGAUGUUCUUUGGAAAGUGGUCAGGUAUAUAAAAGAUGGUGACAAACCUAGGAUCACAUUCAGUUACCACAGUUUUGAUGGUGAAGGAGGAUUUCCUGGGGACCUCUUGGUAACAGUAAGCUACAUUCUUGGGAAGAACUCACUGAGUAUAAUCAUGAAAGCAAAAGCCCUAAACAAGCCUACACCUGUGAAUCUGGUGAACCAUGCAUACUGGAACCUAGGGAACCACAACAGUGGCAACAUCCUAGAUGAAGUGGUUCAGAUCUUUGGGUCCCAAGUCACACUUAUUGAUGACCAUCUCAUUCCCACUGGCCAAUUUGCUUCUGUGAAAGGAACCCCAUAUGACUUCCUUGAGCCACACAUUGUUGGGGACAGGAUCAACCAGUUGCCAAAGACCAAUGGCUAUGACAUCAACUAUGUGCUUGAUGGUGGAAAAGGAAACAAAGAGAUCAAGAUUGCAGCUAUAGUGGUGGAUAAGAAGUCAGGGAGAGUGAUGAAGCUCUUUACAAAUGCUCCUGGUUUGCAAUUCUACACUGCUAAUUUUGUCAAGAAUGAGAAGGGCAAAGGAGGGUUUGUUUAUCAGCCACGUUCGGCACUGUGUUUGGAGAGUCAAGCUUUUCCUGACUCUGUUAAUCACCCUAAUUUCCCUUCAACUAUUGUCACCCCGGAAAAGCCUUACAAGCAUGUUAUGUUGCUCAAGUUUUCCACAAAAAUUCCACAUGCUUUUUCACAGUACUAGAGUUAGAACUGUGUUUUCAGUCACUUGUUAUGUGCUUUGUAUCAAUGUAGCAUGACUAUUGUUGUGCUCAUGCAAACUUGGGUUGGCUUCAUUAAAAUGAAUAAUGAAAUAUUAUAUCCGCUCUUAUAACUUGGGCGCUUUA